AUGGUCAAAUCUGUCAAUGUUGCUAUUAUUGGUUCGGGUGUUGUUGGUUCAGCAUUUGUUAAUCAAUUAAAAAACUUAAAAACUGCUAUUAACUUCAAUGUUGUCUACUUUGCUAGAUCUUCUAAAGAAGCAUUAUUCUCUUCUGACUAUAAACCUGUUGACUUAGCUUCUUACAAGAAUGCUUCGGCGCAGGCUGUUUUAUCAUUGGACGAGUUGACGAAGUUUUUGAAAGGUGCUUCCAAGCCAACUAUCUUAAUUGAUAACACCUCAAAUAGUACUAUAGCUGAUUACUACCCUACAUUUGUUAAAGAAGGUAUCUCUAUUGCUACUCCAAAUAAGAAGGCUUUUUCGUCUGAUUUAUCAGUCUGGAAUGAAAUCUUCAAGAACUCUGAGGCUCCUUCCGGUGGUUUGGUUUAUCAUGAAGCUACCGUUGGUGCUGGAUUGCCAAUUAUCGGUCCUUUGAGAGAUUUGAUUACUACUGGCGAUAAAGUUGAAAAAAUCGAAGGUAUCUUCUCUGGUACAUUAUCAUAUAUUUUCAACGAAUUUUCUACCACUGAUCCUUCUACUAAGGUAAAGUUCUCAGAUGUAGUCAAAGUUGCCAAGGACUUGGGUUACACUGAGCCUGAUCCAAGAGAUGAUUUGAACGGUUUAGAUGUUGCUAGAAAGGUCACCAUUUUAGCUAGAAUAUCAGGCUUUGAUGUUGAAUCUCCAACUUCUUUCCCUGUUGAGUCUCUUAUUCCAAAGGAGUUAGAAAGUGUUCAAACUGCUGAUGAAUUUUUAUCAAAAUUACCAGAUUUUGAUGCUGAUAUCCAAAAGGUUAAAGAAGAAGCGUUAGCUGAAAAUAAGGUUUUAAGGUUCGUCGGUCAAGUUGAUUUUAAGGCUAAUAAAGUUUCUGUAGAAAUCGGUAAAUACGGGUUCGACCAUCCAUUUGCUUCCUUGAAGGGUAGCGAUAACGUCGUAUCAAUUAAAACCGAAAGAUAUUCGAACCCAUUAAUUAUCCAAGGUGCUGGUGCUGGUGCAGAAGUUACAGCACACGGUGUUUUGGCUGAUGCGAUUAAGAUCGCUGAAAGAAUAGCUAUUUAA